CUCAACAACUCCACCUCAACACUCACCAUGGAUGCAAAAGCGGUGAUACCAGCGUCAUUCAACACCCAGCUACAAAGCCCCUUUUUCACAACUCCAUCCGAGCUCCGCGAUGCCAUCUACGACCAUCUCAUUCCUCCACGCGCCCACAUUAUUCUCCGCAAUCAGAGACUCCAAUUCUCAGCAUGUGUGCGUCGCAAUGGCGAAGAUUGGCCUCUCCACACCGGCCCGGAUCCAAUUGUGAAAGGCAAAUGCAGAACCGCUGCCGAUCACCUGUUGUGGGAACGCUUGAGGUCACCAUGGGGUUCGCAUUUUCGAUGUGAAGAGGUUGCCAACGGUAGCGAAGAUUCCCAGCAAGAAUUUGAAGGGGAGACUAUGGUUUGGAUGAAUCCAACGAGAGUGUGCCGUCGCAUGCUUACUGAAUUUGUGGGUCGCAUGGCAGACGUGAUUGUGCUGCAUGUCAAUGAUCUCAACACACUCGGAAUCGUACUUCCACGCGAUUCUGAGCCUGAGCAGCCUAAGAAUAAAACAUCGACGUUGCUGGAACACCUCGUCGGCCACCUCAAGGCUCUGGAUAUCAGCAUGAGGCUUGACUUAUCGGCGUACGUCAACAUUGAACAAGAAAGCGAUUACCCGUCCAAGAACCCUGACCUAUCGGAUCUUGUUCAAAGGUUCGGGAAGAGGGAUGUCCCAACAUCAGCAUGGACAGCCCUCCCCCUGGCCCUCAAGUACAUGCCUGCUCUCCGACAUUUAGAUAUCUGGCUUGAUCACACCCAUCCAAUGUCAUGGUGCAUUGUAAAUGAACGCGCUUUCUUGACCCCUCUGUUCACCAUGACACUCCGCACCAACCCCGAUCUGGCCAUCUCUAUCAAUCUGCCAAAGCCUAACCCCAGAUACCAAUCCCCGGAUCGCCAUCUUCUGUGGGAUAGUUUGGAAGUCUUGGGAACGGGUCAGAAAUCAGGCUCAGGACGAAUAAGGAUCAUCCGCCGCGAUCGGCAGCGCCAGUCUCCUGUAAAUUGGCUUGACGGGACCGCGCGUAUAAAUUGGAGAUCUGACCUAUCUAUCUGA